CUCGGCCCCAGCCCGGCCCUCCCCGGCGCCAUUUUGCGGAGCCGAGGCCCGUGAGGCGGCCCUGGCGCGGGAGGCGGCGGCGCAGGCUUGAACAGCUCGUAAUGAACAUCAUCAUUGGUGAAUGCAAUGGCAGAGGGCAAGGUUGAAGAUGUCCAGAGUGUUCUACGACUUAAUGUGCGAGGAUGUUUAUACACAGCCAGGCGGGAGUCUUUGUGCCGCUUUAAGGACUCAAUGCUGGCUUCUAUGUUUAGUGGACGCUUUCCUCUAAAAGUGGAUGAAUCAGGAGCUUGUCUAAUUGAUCGAGAUGGAGGCCUGUUUAAGUAUCUUUUGGAUUAUCUUCACGGAGAAGUUCGGAUUCCUGGAGAUGAACAAAUUCGAAUUGCACUGCAGGAAGAAGCAGAUUAUUUUGGAAUCCCUUAUCCAUACAGCCUGUCUGACCAUUUGGCCAAUGAAAUGGAGACAUAUUCUUCAAGGUCAAAUAUAGAGCUUAAAAAGGCUUUGUUAGAUUUCUGUGAUUCUUAUGAUUUAGUUUGUACCAAGCCCACAGUGUGGGUCCUGCACUAUCUCAACACAUCUGGAGCAAGCUGUGAAAGUACAAUUAUUGGUGUGUAUGCCACAAGAGCUGAUGGGACUGAUGCAAUUAAUAAGGUGCUAGGAACGAAAAUUCAUAGUAAAAGCAUGUACAAAAGAGAAGCUGGAAAUAAUGUCCAGUACAUCUGGAGCUAUUACUCAGUUGCUGAACUGAAAAAGAUGAUGGAUGCUUUCGAUGCCUGGGAAGGGAGAGGUGUCAGCUACUGGAGAGUGCCCCAGGAGCUGAUUGAAUGUUGGACUCUUGAAGAACGCCCUCUGAAAGGCAGUUUGCAUCAUAUGCCACCAGUUUAUAAAAGACGACUAAUCGACUAUACUGAAGAAGAAGACUGUUUGCCAUCUAAAGUGGGUCCCAAGCCAAUCAGGUUCUCAGGUCCCUCAACAAGUACCCACAUAAAAGUCAAGAAUUCAGCUUCACUAAAGGUCGCUGCUUGCAGUACUUCACGUUCUGCAGCAACUCUUAAACGACCCAGCAGUGAAAGGUUGACACUGCACAGAGAAGCUUCUGAAACCACAUCCACAACAUGCUCACUGGUGCCCAGCAAUCCCCAGGUGCCCUGUGGAAGGCAGGGUGCUGGCAGUGGGACACCAAGCCAAAUGACAUUCAAGGUUGCAGGGACUAAGAAGCCUGUAAACAACCGAGUUGUGAAGCUGAAACGAACUCCACUUUUUCUUGUGACACCAUCUCAGCCGCCUUCUUCUGUAUCCAGUAAAACAAGUGAACAGGACAGUGCUGCUGGUGAAAUUCCUGCUACUUCUGUGGUACUGAACAAGAAAGAACCAGCUGUAUUAGCAGAAAGUAUUACACUUAAGAAUGAUAAAGUGGAUGGAUAAUGUUUGACUUCAGCCUGAUAGACCAGACAGCUUUGCAUCAUCUGGUCAAAGAAGAGAUCAUCAUCUCGUGUGGUCAUUUAUCAAAGAUUAGGUGUAAAAUGGUGAUGAAAUUCAUGAAAAGCAUAGGAAGAAAUUGUUUUAAGUGAGCAUUGAA